ACCCAAUGCCCAGUACCGCCCGUAGGUUCUCGGUUCCGGCCGCCCGGUGCCGUUGUCCCUGUGUCCCGGUCCCGGUCCAUUUUCAGUCCCGUUCCCUUCAGCUCCUUUCUCCGUUUCCUGCUUUCUAAUGUUCCAUUGUGCGGGUGCUUCCAUUGUGACGCGCAGGGCUCGGCGAUGCUUUGUCUGUCCAUAUAUGGGCAGCUACGUCACGGAGCGCUCCCCCCCCCCUCCCGCAUAAAUGGGCCGCGGAGUCCCCGGCGGAGCAGUCGGGAACCCGGAGCGGAGCGAGAGCGACGGAGCCACCGGGAGGGGUUAAAUCCUCCCCCCCCCUCCCCAUAUUCUAACCCCCACCCCCCUGCACAGCAGCCGGGCCCCCCCCCCCAAGAGGAAACACCAUCAACACGCCGCUACACGGACCCACGCGAGACCUCCCCCCACUCAGGACCUCCCCCCCCCUAUUCCCACCCCCUCAAGCCCGCCCUAACUUUAUUUAUAUCCCCCCCCCAUCCCCCCAUCUCCCAUCUAUCGCUUUUUUUCGCCUUUUUUUUCUGUUUUUUUGGCCCCUUCUUUUCUCGGCCGUGUAUGAUUUCCACGGCUCGGAUCCGCCGUUCGGAUGUUGUUCGUUGGGGAAAGGAGCUGAUCCGACCUUUAUCUCCGAUGCUAUGACCGGCAAACUGCUGCUGGAGAAGCUGCCGGGGACGAUGAGCACUUUGCUGAACCAACUGCCCGACUCUUUGUACCCGGAGGAGAUCCCCAACUCUUUGAAUCUCUUCUCCGGCGGCGGCGGUGGAGGAGACCCUGCCCCUUUUCUUUCCCCCCUUUCAGACAAUGUGAUGGACAUUGGGAUCGGGAACGACAAACCCAGCCAGGAAUUGUCGUCCUAUUCGGGGACGUUUCAACCGGCCGCAGGUAAGAAGACGGUGACUUACCUGGGGAAGUUCGCCUUCGAUUCUCCGUCUAAUUGGUGCCAGGAUAACAUCAUCAGCCUGAUGAGCGCCGGGAUCCUGGGGGUCCCGCCGGCCGCUGGGACCCUCAGCGGGACGCAGAGCUCGGGGGGCGCCAUGGGGGGACCCCCGCAGGGCGACGUGGACCAGAUGUACCCAGCGCUGCCGCCCUAUUCCUCCUGCAGCGACCUGUACCCGGAGCCCGUCUCCUUCCACGACCCUCAGAGCAACGCCGGCCUCUCGUAUUCCCCGCAGGAUUAUCAAGCGGCCAAACCCGGCUUGGACAGCAACUUGUUCCCUAUGAUCCCAGACUAUAACCUGUAUCACCACCCCAACGAGAUGGGAGCCAUCACGGAGCACAAACCCUUCCAGAGCUUAGACCCCAUCCGAGUCAACCCUCCUCCCAUCACCCCGCUGGAGACCAUCAAGGCCUUCAAGGACAAACAGAUCCACCCGGGUUUCGGGGGUCUCCCUCAACCCCCCUUGACCCUCAAACCCAUCCGACCCCGUAAAUACCCCAACCGACCCAGCAAAACCCCGCUGCACGAGCGGCCCCACGCCUGCCCGGCCGAGGGUUGCGACCGUCGUUUCUCCCGAUCCGACGAGCUCACCCGACACCUCCGCAUCCACACGGGCCACAAACCCUUCCAGUGCCGCAUCUGCAUGCGCAACUUCAGCCGCAGCGACCACCUCACCACCCACAUCCGCACCCACACCGGAGAGAAACCUUUCGCCUGCGAGUUUUGCGGUCGGAAAUUCGCCCGUUCCGACGAACGCAAACGACACGCCAAGAUUCACCUCAAGCAGAAGGAGAAGAAGGCCGACAAAAGCUCGGCUGCAGGGCCGCCCCCUCCCGCAGCCCCCCCCGUCGUCACCUCGUCGCCCCCCGUCGCCCUCACCCCCGCUGUCACCACUUGCGCCUGAUGGGGACGGAGCGGUUCGGACCCGGAGCCGGGACCGGAGGAAGGACGCCCUCAAUCCCCCCCCCCAAACCAUCACCCCACGACCCCCAUCCCCCCAUUACCCGGCUGUGUGGAUCGGAUCGGCCGCAGCCCUGAGCCUAUGGCUGAAGGGGGGGGAUCGGAUCGGCCCUGAGCCCGCUUUUGGGGGGGGGUCCGCGUCCUGCUGCCCCGGUCCCCCCAUUACCCGGCGGUGCGGAUCGGAUCGGCCUUAGCACUGAGCUCAAUGCUGGGGGGGGGGGUUGCGUCCCGCUGCCCCCAUCCCCUCAUUGUGUGGAUGGGAUCGGCCCUGAGCCUAUGGCUGAAGGGGGGGGGUCUGCGUCCCGCUGCCCCUGUCCCCCCAUUACCCGGCUGUGUGGAUGGGAUCGGCCCUGAGCCAGCUUUUGGGGGGGGGUCCGCGUCCUGCUGCUGCAUCCCGGCCCCCCCAUUGCCUGGCUGUGUGGAUGGGAUCGGCCUUGAGCCUAUGGCUGAAGGGGGGGGGUCCGCGUCCUGCUGCCCCGGUCCCCCCAUUGCCCGGCUGUGUGGAUCGGAUCGGCCCUGAGCCCACUUCAGGGGGGAUUCGGAUCGGCCCUGAGCCUAUGGCUGAAGGGGGGGGUCCCUCUGCCCCUGUCCCCCCAUUACCCGGCUGUGUGGAUGGGAUCGGCCCUGAGCCCACUUUUGGGGGGGGUCCUCGUCCCUCUGCCCCGCUCCCCCCGCCCCCAUAGCCGGGCUCAGGUCGUUGCUGUCAUCCCGCUGUGUGCGUGGCGGUGCGGCGGGCCGGGCUGUGCGCGUCCCAGCGUUGAGGUUCUGGGGAACCCAAAUGGGGGGAUCCCGGUACCGAGGUUCGGGGCUGAGUGUGUCCCGGUACCGGGGGAUCGGGGGGAUCGGGUUGAGUGUGCGCUAGGAGAGGGGUCAGGAUGGGGGGGGUCCGGUGCCGGGGGUCGCGUCGGAUGCAUCGCGGUGUGUGGAUCCCAGCGCUGGGGGUCGGGAUGUGGGUGGACACGUCGGUGUCCCGGUACCGGUACCGGGUGGGGGAGCGGUGAGGUUCGGGAACGGUGAUGUGAAGGAUGCGGGGCUGGGGGUCGCGAUGGGGCUGGGAUGUGGGGAUGGGGCUGUGCAUGGGUCGAGACUGAGGCACUUUAUUGUGCACAGAACCGCUGCUGGGGGGGGGAUUUGGGUCAGCCGGUACCAGAACCGGGCCGGGUGCCCCUUAGAAACCGGGAUACAGCACUGAGGGGGGGGAGGGAUCCCAUAGUGGGCUCACAGCUCCCGGCCCGGUUCUGUGUGCAGCCCAGCCCCCCUCUAUCCCCCCCGGCCCCUUCUGAACCCACAGUGCCCCCCGCCCCAUAUUGUCCCC